AUGGUGUUUGAGCAGGGCUUGCUGCCACAGCUCGUGGUGGCGAAGCCGCUCCCGUGCGGGCUGUCUCCUUUCCCGUGGGCAGCGAGUGGGAGCCCCAGGAGGACCGUGUCCGUUCUGUGGGCUGUGGCCGCGUGCCGGACAGACCUCUCCUCCCGGGAGAGGAGCUGGGGACUGUGUUCUCCUCCUGGCCUGGCCACAGCACGGAUGUCCGUGGCCGGGCUGACACCGCGUGCCAGUGCCAGAGAGGACUUUGCGUACUACGAGAUGUCCUAUGGCCUGAACAUCGAGAUGCACAAACAGUACUACGAGAUGUCCUAUGGCCUGAACAUCGAGAUGCACAAACAGGACCCCUCUUCCCCGCACAGCGUCCACUCCUACUCAUCCCGGGAGAAUGGCGUGGAGAAGGUCCCUCUGGGGAGGAAGGAGCCCGUACCACUCAGCCCAACCUCCAUGGCGUCCUCGAGCAGCACGUCCCCUUCUCAGAGCAAGGAUGCGCCCACGCCACCCGCCGCCCUCAUCGGCUCUGGCAUCCCCCGGCACGCCCGGCAGCUCCACACCCUGACCCACGGCGAGGUGGUCUGUGCCGUCACCAUCAGCAACUCGACGCGACACGUCUACACCGGGGGCAAGGGCUGUGUGAAGGUGUGGGAUGUGGGGCAGCCGGGCACCAAGACGGCCGUGGCUCAGCUGGACUGCUUGAACCGCGACAACUACAUCCGCUCCUGCAAGCUGCUCCCCGAUGGCCGGAGCCUGAUCGUGGGGGGGGAGGCCAGCACCCUCCCCAUCUUCUCCCUGGGUUACUGCCCGACAGGAGAGUGGCUGGCGGUGGGGAUGGAGAGCAGCAACGUGGAGAUCCUGCACGUGACCAAACCAGACAAGUACCAGCUGCACCUCCACGAGAGCUGCGUCCUCUCCCUCAAAUUCGCCUCCUGCGGGAAGUGGUUUGUGAGCACAGGGAAGGACAACCUGCUCAACGCCUGGCGGACGCCCUACGGAGCCAGCAUCUUCCAGUCGAAGGAAACCUCCUCUGUCCUCAGCUGCGACGUCUCCACGGAUGACCAGUUCAUUGUGACUGGCUCGGGGGACAAGAAAGCUACGGUGUACGAGGUCAUUUACUGA